AUGGCAAGAAUAGAAGAAGGAGACAUUAAAGACAAAGAAAAAGAGGUAGAUUUACUGGGCGAAAUCGCAGUUUCGGCGAACAACCAAGGCAAAUCCAUCCCGAGGAAACGAGACUACCGACAGAGAGCGCACUGUAACCCUUUAUCGAACGGAAAGUGGGAGGAUUUACCGACGGCGCCGGAUUCAUUUCGAGAGGAUGCGCACUUUGAGAGUGCGUUUUUAGACAAGUUAAGAAUGGAAAAGAAAGGAGAAAAGGAGGCGAAAAUAACGUUCGCGGAUAUCGGGUGCGGGUUUGGCGGUUUGCUCGUUCGGUUGAGCCCGUUGUUUCCGAAAGAGUUGAUUAUUGGGAUGGAAAUUCGGGCGCAAGUGUCCGAGUACGUUCGCGAACGCGCUUUGGCGCUGAGGAAAGAACAUCCAGGCGAGUAUCAAAACAUUUCAGGUUUGAGGACAAACUCGAUGAAGUUUUUACCGAACUAUUUCCAGAGAGGUCAGCUGAAGAAGUUGUUCUUUCUGUUCCCGGAUCCGCACUUUAAACGGUCGAAACGACGUCGACGGAUAAUACAAACGGCGUUGAUUGCAGAGUACGCGUUUUGUUUGCGCGAGGGCGGGAUUUUAUACACGCAAACGGACGUAGAAGACGUCGGGGAUUGGAUGAAAGAGAAGUUAGACAUGCAUCCGUUGUUCCGACCGAUGACGGAAGAGGAGUUAAACUCAGACGUGUGCGUGGAGUUGUUGAGACGAGGGACGCCGACGGAAGAGGGACAAAAAGUAAAACGCAAUAGCGGAUCGACGUGGUUACAUUGUUACGUCAGAGUACACGGAAAUCCGAGAUAUUAG